AAUAAAACGAAAUGUGACAUUUGACAUUUCUUUCGUGUUCUUUCUUUUGAAUGAAAAAUCGUGUAUAGAAUUGUAGCACACGAUAAUUUCUGUUUAAUCCAUAUACAAUCCUUUCAGGAUGGCUAUCAGACCCGUUUACCGACCUACGAUUAUUAAAAAAAGAACGAAAAAGUUCAUCAGGCAUCAAUCUGACCGAUAUGGUAAACUCAAGCGUAACUGGCGUAAACCUAAGGGUAUCGACAACAGAGUCAGAAGACGUUUCAAGGGACAAUAUUUGAUGCCAAAUAUUGGUUAUGGGUCAAACGCUAAGACUAGGCACAUGUUACCAACUGGUUUCAGAAAAGUUUUGGUACACAAUGUUAAAGAAUUAGAAGUGCUGUUGAUGCAGAAUCGUAAAUAUUGUGCAGAAAUUGCUCAUGGAGUAUCAUCUAAGAAACGUAAAGAUAUUGUAGAGCGUGCUCAACAAUUGAGUAUUAGGGUUACUAAUGGACAUGCUAGAUUACGUAGCCAAGAAAAUGAGUAAAUUAAGCCUUUUGUUUAAUAAAAAAUGUUAAAAAGAA